GCCAAAUUUCCGUGGCUAGAUCUGUAGCGUGUUUAAAAUACGUGCUUUUGUGGAAGCAGCUGCCCAGAUUUGACUUGGGGAAGGAGUAAAAAGCACCGUAGGAAACAGAUUGAUUCUUGUGAGGCUCUGGGACGUUUGAAAGUGAUUUGGAGAGAGCAAAGUCUGUGUCUGAUGGACACCGAACCAAAGCCAGCGUGUGUCAUGCCGCAGGCUCACUGCCCAGGAAUGAAGUGCCCUCCUCCAGAGGACUUUCCUCCUCAGAUAAGAUUGUCUGAAAAAAUCCCCCCAGUGAAGCCUUGCUUCAAGAAGAAGCAGCAAGUGCAGAAGAGACUGGACACGGAAACUCUCCGGGCUUUGCGGCCAAUCUUUACCAGUUUGCUGGGAGCUGGAACCCUGGAUAGGGUCUUUGUGCCCCGAGGCCAAGGUGGUAGUGACAGUGAUUUGUGUGAACCUGCUGUGAAAAAGGCUCUGGAACUCAGUUCUUCUUGCUCCCAACCAGAAGGUAAUGUGACUGUGUUGAUGCCAACAGCUCCAGAUGUACAAAGUCAACUGCCAGUACCUCAUCCGUCUUCUGGGCAUCCUGAGCAGGAGGUCCAGUCAGGAGAGCAAGGCUUCUCAUCAGAAACUUCUCCUGGAACUGCUGCUGAUACUAGUAAUGAAUCAUUCCAGGAUCAUCCUUUGCAUGCACCUUCUAGUGAUGCUGCAGCUUGUCCGUUGUUCCCAGACAAGAUUCUAGAAAGCUACGCAUCUGGCUUAUUCCAAGAGAACAGCUGUCCAAUGCAAUACAAUUUGAACACAAGUGAUAAAUCCAGUGCUGGGAUAUUCCAGGAUAAAAGUGAAGAAGCCUCUCUUGAUCUGGUAUUUGAACUCUUGAACCAACUGCAAUAUCACACUCAUCAGGAGGACGGAGUAGAAAUCUGUGUGGAUUUUCUGCAGGGGACUUGUGUUUAUGGCAGUGAUUGUCCCAAACAUCAUACAGUGUUGCCGUAUCACUGGCAAGUGAGAAGGACAACAACUCAGAGUUGGCAAAGCGUGACCAAUGAUUCCCAGGAACAUCUGGAAAGACUCUACUGCAACCCUGACAACGACAGGAUCAAAGUGAAAUAUCGGGGACAUGAAUUUUGGGUGGAUUUGAAUGUUAUGAAAUUAUAUGAAACUGUUGAGUUUGACCAAAUGCGGAGGCUGUCCACACCUUCCUGCCCCAGCUCCAGCUCCAACUACUACACAGUCUGGAAAUACUUCUGCAGGGACCACUUUGGUUGGAGAGAAUACUCUGAGCCUGUUGUAAGACUGAUAGAAGAAGCCAGCUGCCGGGGUCUGAAAGAGGUUCGAUUUGUUACCUGGCAUAAUCAGUAUAUCUUAAAUAUCAAAGAUGGAUUCCAGCAAAAUGCAUGCUUCAGAAGAGAGAUCAAGAGAAGACCCCUUCUUCGUUCAUGCAUUGUGCUGAUGCCGUUUUUACAGACUUUAGGUGGCAAUUCUUCAGUACCCUCUCCAUCAACGGAGCCAGUUUCUUCCCAAGUCUUGUCUCCAACUACUGUUACUUCUCCAAACUUCUACCCUGAGACUUGGAUUAGUAUGGAUCCAUCUCAGGACUUCAUCCAAGUGCCUGUUUCGAAGGAAGAUAAAAGCUAUAGAACCAUUUAUAAUCUGUUUCACAAGACUGUGCCAGAGACCAAAUACAAAAUUUUGAAAAUUCUGAGAGUGCAAAACCAGUUUCUUUGGGAGAAAUAUAAAAGGAAAAAGGAAUAUAUGUCUAAAAAAAUGACUGGGCUUGACAGAAUCAUGAACGAAAGGCAUUUGUUCCAUGGCACCUCCCAGGACGUAGUGGAUGGAAUCUGCAAGCACAACUUUGACCCACGUGUCUGUGGGAAGCAUGCCACCAUGUUUGGACAAGGCAGUUACUUUGCCAGAAAGGCAAGCUAUUCUCAUAACUUUUCCAAAAGGUCACCCAAAGGAGUUCAUUACAUGUUUUUGGCUAAAGUACUGACAGGAAGAUACACAGUGGGCAAUCACACCAUGAGGAGACCUCCACCUGUGAACCCUGGCAGCAUUACUAGUGACCUCUAUGACUCUUGUGUGGACAAUUACUUUGAGCCUCAGAUUUUUGUCAUUUUUAAUGAUGAUCAGAGCUACCCUUAUUUUAUUAUCCAGUAUGAAGAAGUUAGCAACACUGUCUCCAUUUGAACAUCUGUGCUGCUAAAUUAUUCAUUUUAAUAAACUCUAUUAUCUGACAUUUGUAGCAGUUUUUGUGGAAAAAAUUUGGACAUUGUAGAACUGAUUAAAAUUACUUGCUUGGAAGGAGGGAAAUCUCAAAAUACAAAAAAGAAGAUCUGAAGUGACCGUUUGUGCGCUUGCUGUUUGAUUAUGUAUGUGCAAAUUGUAAAUAUCUUUCCAUUGUUUAUAGUUGAAAAUCUGUGCCUUUUGUUAUUAAACACUGUUUAUUUAUGUUAGUAAAUAUUCAUGCUUAAAA